AUGGUUAACAAAAAAGGAAACGUUUAUGGACUUUUAUUCUUCCAAAUACAUUCAAGAUUUCUUCUUAAAUGGCAACCUGAGUGCCAUUCCAAAGAUGCCCCUGAUAGACCUGUUCACCUUUAUGUCCUCAAGACUCUGGGAAAGUUAAGUAAUCAAGUUGAAGAAACAUUUCCACUACUUAAAAAGAUAUUUGAAAACUCUCGAUAUUGUUCAGCUAUUCCAAUGGGAUUUUCACUUAGUAAAUCUGCUACUCAGGUAUCUGCCAUGCAUAGGAAUUCAAAAGUGGACGAUCACUUAAUGCAAGGAACUGAGAAAAACAGGUUGGAACCAGUUACUCAGUUAUUUCAAAACACCAAGAAAAUAAGAUUACAAGACACAAACCAAGAAAACUUCACAAGGAUUGAAGGAACUGGCACAGGCUCUCUUUCAGAGAAAGCCUUGGGCUCGGUGGUAUAUGUUAUUGAAAGUGAUGGAAUAGAAGUGACGGAUAUGGAAUAAAGUAAUUUGUACAUAUUA